AUGAUAUCUGCCAUUCUUUCCCUUUCACUGUUUCUUCUGUUUAGCCCGGAUGGUGCAAGUGGUCAAAAUAUUCUGUGCAUGAUGAUGCACUGCGCUGAAGAGUCUAAAAACUGCAUGUUGGACUCCGACUGUAGGUCGGCACUGGCAUGUAUCACGGGAUGUGGAACGCAAAACGAAACAUGCAUGUUCGACUGUCUUUAUUCGUACGAGGACGACGUGUUCGAUACCUUCAUGAAGUGUGCAUUUACGGAACAUAAAUGCAUCACCAUGGUUUCGCCAGACCCUAACUUCCGCUGCAAGCCUCCACAUCCACCUUUACAAACUCUGUCCGCACAGCAACUUAAAGGUGCGUGGUAUAUUGUUCUCGGACUUAACCCUAAUUUCGACUGUUUUGACUGCCAAAUAACCACAUUUCAACCGUCGAACACUUCCAACACCUUGUUUGUAAACGAACUUUUUGAAGUACAUACCGUCGACGGUAAGCUUAAACACAGGCUGGUUAACGAAACGGCCGUGCAAAACACAUCAGUUCAGGGACUUUUGGAAUACAAAAGCAUGCAGAUGGGACAUGAGACGACCACAGAAUGGAGAAUUCUGUACCAGGACCCAAAGCUAAGUUAUAUGAUAGGCUACUAUUGUGGUCAUGUAGCAUCCGACUGGUACUAUGAAGGGUCUGUCGUUUUCUCUCGCAUGCCGGCACUUAGCAGUGAAGUUCUGACUGAGGUCAAAGGUCACAUGACAUCCCUCGGUCUACCUGUGAACCAAUUCUGUGCGCCGAAGACAUCGAAUUGUUUUUAA